CUUCUUGAGUGCUCACAACAAAUAACGAAAGUAUUAUCUCCUUUUUUCAUUUAUCAGGUUUACGUUCACGUCUAGGGAAAUUUGAAUCAUAACCUGACUCCUAAGGCGUCCGCUGCAUGCGCAAUGCCCAGUCUUGAUGAGAACGUCCCAUCACGAGCUCCAGACGGGCCCGGAGAUACAACAUUUACCCCAACCAUUGAUGCCCGAAGCAAGGACGAUACGAACAUAUUCCCGCUCGAUGGCGUUGAUAUUGAGAGCGUUUCAAACAAGGAAUUAGUGCAGCUUGGGGAGACUGCUCCUGUGCUCUACCAAAUCGGCUCAAGCAAAGUCCUACGAAUUUCUCACGACCUGGUUUUGAAAUGCGGGCCUUUAGUUCUUCCCAGUGAGGGUAGAGCUCUAGAGUUUGUCAGAGCGGAGACCUCAAUCCUAGUUCCUCGGGUCUACCGCUCAUUCCAGGUGGACGACCCCUUUGAGUACUAUGGGACGAGAGGCUAUUUGGUCAUGGAUUAUGUCAAGGGCCAAAAUCUUGGAGAUUGUUGGAAACAUCUCACCAAACAUCAAAAGGACGAUGUGAUCUGUCAGACAGCGGUGAUAAUAAAAAAACUUCAAUCGAUUCCGAUUCCAACAGCCGGUCCUCUUGGAGGGGGUCCUUGUCAGGGUAAAUUCUUCACAGACUAUGGUGCCGGUCCAUUCAAUUCUGGGGCCGAGAUGGAAGCUUGGUUUAACCACAAACUCAAGAUAUGCAAAGAUUAUAACCAGGCCCCCCAAGAUAUCCCCUCAUUUGACUUUCAGAAGUUCGUGCUCGUGCAUCAGGACAUCAGUCCUCGAAACAUGAUAUUGGACGCUGCUGGAAAGGUUUGUUUGAUAGACUGGGCACAUGCGGGUGCUUACCCUCCUGCAUUUGAGCGAGCCGCGAUAGUCGAGCAAUACAGAUUCCCGGAGUUCAACGAAAUGAUACUUCAUGUCAUGCCAGAAUACGACGUUGAGGUGCGGCAACUGCAGUCAAUUUGGUAUGGAUUAUCAGUUGCCAGUCUCGCAUAAUCACCCACUUCUUUCUCCGUCACUUGAAUCGGCCGUUACGAACAACCCCCAUCGAACACUGCAGGAUGAGCCCGCAGGGGUAGAAAGCAGGCAAAAUAUACCCCCAGUUAACUUAGGUAUUUAUUUUCAGGUUUAUGCUACGGAUGUACGGUGUCAAUAGAGGAAGGAAGAAAACUUGAUGCUAUUUUUUUCUUUUUUUUCAAAUGUACGCUGCUCUAUCUACCUUAAC